AUGGCGGCGGUGCGCAUAGACCAGCCGCAAACCAACUGGAGCACACCGUCCAACGGAAAUGGUUUGUUGGGGUACGGAUUCGUGAACUACGCGCUUGAGCUACUAGUUUUAAAAAACUUCGGUCUAAAUAUAUGGGAACAAAUAAAGAAAAAGGCGCAGGUAAAUAUGGAAGGCCAAUUUUUGGUAAGACAGAUCUACGAAGAUGACAUAACGUACAAUCUGAUAGAAGCCGCUGUGGAUAUACUCAACAUCCCAGCCGGUGACAUACUGGAGCUGUUUGGCAAAACGUUCUUCGAGUUUUGCCAAGACUCGGGCUAUGACAAGAUACUGCAGGUGCUCGGCGCGACGCCACGCGAUUUCCUACAGAAUUUGGACGCGUUGCACGACCAUCUCGGCACGCUGUACCCCGGCAUGCGGGCACCGUCGUUCCGCUGUACCGAAACGAACGGUCAGCUCGUGCUGCACUACUACUCCGAACGUCCGGGGCUAGAACACAUCGUGAUCGGGAUCGUGAAAGCCGUCGCCUCCAAACUGCACGGUGUGGACGUGGAGAUCAAAAUUAUACGCCGCAAGGGCGACCCGAUCGAGGUGGAACCGAGCAAACCGACCGCGGUGCAAGGGGCCGCCCCGAAAUCCCGGCACUCGAUCCCAAUGGCGGCACCGGUCCAACCAGUUCCUAUAACGUCCCUCGAUCCGGCCGUACCGGAACUAGCUAACCUGGGACUGUGCAAGCGAAUUCUAGCCUCCAAAACGUACGGUGAAUCUUAUUUUUCGAAUAGACUUAAUAAUCUAGCCACCUCCAAGAGCAACUCUGCGCUCAAGCAACCUACCGAAACGGCGUCCAGUCAUGGCAAUAAACUUAGCAUAAGCAGUAGUCAAAAUGGAAGCAAUAGUAUACCGCUUUGCGGUGCGGUUAGCAAAGCUAGUAAAGACACCAAUACCAAUUGUGAUAGCAGCCAAACGCACGGUCACGAGGAGUGGAAGAAGGCGAGCAAGGGCCCGAGCGCGACCGUCGAGCGGUCGGACCAUUUUCAAUUUCUAAUAACGGAGAUAUCCGGUCCGAAGACGCCGACACGCCGUUCGGACGAGAAGGAUCAGCAGGCGGUGUGCCAGCUGGUGGCAAAAGAACCAAUGAUCUCGCCGAUGACGUUCUGCAAAAUCUUUCCAUUCCACCUGAUGUUCGACCGAAACAUGCACAUCGUACAGGCAGGACGUUCGGUUUCCAGAGUCAUUCCCAGAAUCUACGAAAAGAAUUGUCCUCUGCUAGCACUGUUCGAAGCAGUUCGGCCCCAUCUUCAGCUGAGCUUUGAAAAUAUUCUGGCCCACAUUAACACAAUCUACGUCCUAAAGACAAAGGCGGGCGUUAUGUCCAAAAGCGAGAGAUAUCUAAGACUGAAGGGACAAAUGAUGUAUAUUCCGGGAUCUGAUCUGAUACUAUUUCAAUGUUACCCUAGUGUAAUGAAUCUCGAUGAUUUAACCAAGAAGGGUCUACACAUCUCCGACAUCCCACUACACGAUGCCUCGCGUGAUCUGGUGCUGCUGAGUGAGAAAUUCGAAGCGGAGUACAAGCUCACCACCAACCUGGAAAUACUAACCGACCGACUCCAGCAAACGUACCGCGAUCUCGAGAGCGAAAAGCAGAAGACGGAUCGACUGCUCUACUCCGUCCUGCCGAAAACGGUCGCGAACGAGCUGCGACAUCAGCGGCCAGUCGCACCGAAACGGUACGACUCGGUGACGCUCAUGUUUUCCGGCAUUGUCGGCUUCGGCCAGUACUGUGCAGCGAACACGGAUGCCGAGGGUGCGAUGAAGAUAGUGAAGAUGCUGAACGAGCUGUACACGAUCUUCGACGAGCUGACCGACUCGAAGAGUAACUCGAACAUCUACAAGGUGGAAACGGUCGGUGACAAGUACAUGGCCGUGUCCGGGUUGCCGGAUGAGUGCGAAAACCAUGCCAAGUGUAUCGCGCGGCUUGCAUUAGAUAUGCUGGAUAUGGCGAAGAACGUUAUGAUGGGCACGGAAGCGAUGAAAAUCACCAUCGGUAUCCAUUCCGGGGAGGUCGUGACUGGUGUCAUCGGCAACCGAAUGCCACGUUACUGUCUGUUUGGCAACACUGUCAACCUAACCAGCCGUACGGAGACGACGGGCGUGCCGGGUCACAUCAACAUCAGCGAAACCACGUACAAGCUGCUUUGUGACCCUGUCAAUCACGACCCAUCGUUCAAUCUGGAGUACCGUGGCCCUGUGGUAAUGAAGGGAAAGCCGGAACCGAUGGACUGUUGGUUUUUAACACGCAAAGGGACACCGGCAGCAAAAUAAUUUUCCCCAAACUGUCCAACAUUCCUUUCUGUGAGACAAACAAACAAAAAAAAAUACAACCAUAAUGUGUGCUGGAACCAAACCAAACUAACGAUGUAAAAGAUCGCCGAUAGCGAAACCUGAUAGCUUUUUACUUCUCAGCGGUGUGUUUAUAGAUGUUUUGAUGAACCAAUGCCUGUCUCACGGCCUGUUUGUUGUAAUGAUCGUGACAAAAUCGUGUAAAGCAACCGACUAAACCGGCAGAGGAAUCCAUUUUCCGUAUGCUUUAGUGUGUAUGCUAUAGUGUAGGGAUGUAUGUUUUGUACCUUCUGCCAAAAAGCAAUCUUAGAUUUUUGUGCAACUCCACGCUACUGAACAUUUGAAAGGCGAGAAAAAAGUGGAACAUUUAAAAGGCGUCACUGUUACAGUUCUCUUUGCUCUCUGUCUACCCUUCCUAUCACUCUUUUGCUGCAGGAAGCAUUAUUGAAGAAGGCAUAAUGUGAACAACGUUUCCUUGAGGAAGACUAGAGUCAGAAUAUGUUCUUUUUUUCGUCUUUUUAAUUUAAAUCUCCUAUUACACAGCCUUGGUGCGUACUUUUGUAGCCUUUUUAGAUAGCUGUACAAUGAGAGUAUUUAUAAAACGGUAUCGUUUUGACGUUGAACAGUGUAGCAUGUAGGUACCAAUGGUAGUCUUCUAAAGAUUUAGUAGAUUGACACAGAACAUUUAGCUAAUAGAAUUUGGGCCAAUCGUGAUAGAUGUACAACUAGUGGAAUGCAACAUCGGUGCCAACCCGAAACAAAACAAACCAGCAAAAAAGCUAACAUUCGCGUGAGAGAACAAAAAAAUCUAAUGCAUCGUAACAAACCAAAAAAAUAAUAACCCCCCGUAACACAAGCGAACUCUGAUGUCUAGUAAUAAAUUUCAUUAAAAAAUAAUUCCUCAUUGGCAUCCACUCCUAUCAUCAUACACACACAUACACACAUGAAAAUUGAUGAAUACGCUAUAGCAAUCGAGAUGUGAAUUGUGCGUGAAGCGGUACGCCAUCACGAACAAACGAGUCAUGCUUCAUUGUGAAAUGAUUCCUAACGUAAAGCAAAACAAAUGAUGUUUAUGACCAGAGCAAAACACAAAUAAAGUCUAAAUAACCCCCUCUCUACAUUCUUUCGUGGUGUAGCACCGACGGAUUGUAUGUUAGCACAAGCGUCAUUGAUAAUAUAAUCCAACAUGCCUAACUAACAGCCGGUAGUAAACAAAACAAACAAAAAAAAAGAGCAAAACGUCUCGGUUUUGGUUUUAUUCAUCAUUUUACGACCUUUUUGAUAUCAAUUUUAAGUGUUUUCAAUCCCAUAAAGCAGAGCAAACUUAAAGCAAUAUUUAAUGUUCACGGUAUCUUAAACUCUUUAAAUUAUGAUAAUAGAGACAACAUAGCGGAAAAUGAUUUAAAAUGUUUUUAUUUCAAAUUAAUACAAAACAAUUUUAAAACCAUAAUGUUAACGCCAUCAUCUUAUAUUAUUUCAAACCAAUGUCAAAUUGCAGUUUUCU